AUGCCUUCUCUCCGAGACUUAACAAUAGAGAGAAACAAAAGUUUAAGUCAGUUAAGAGCCCGUAUUAACAAGGCUAACAAGCUAAGCACAACCGAGUUUGGUGCUCCCUUUUUGAAGGCUUUAGAUGGAACUGUUAACGGCCAUGUACUUCAACCGUCACCGUCCUCUGAUUCAUUGAGCACUAUUGAACAAGAAAUUAGUCAUAUCGAAAUGGGUGAGGAAGACCAGCAUUCACACAUUUCUCUUCAGAGAGAUCAGCAAACAGUACGCAUUGGCAAAGUCUCUGAAACUGGCGACCUCAAAGCUAAGCUCGCGUCUGCUAUGGAAGAGCUCGAAAAGAAAACUGAUGAAACGAUCAAUAGCAUAAUAAGGAAAAGGUUACUACAAAAUUCCAAUUACGAACAUGAUACAAGCACUGGACCAGGCUAA